GUAAUAACCAGAAUCAACUACGGUCAGGAUAUUAAUAUUAGUGGACUAGCUGGAGCUGUUUCAUUAGCUGGCUCCGAUGAUGGCUUGUGGUCAGUUGAUGGUGGUAAUUGGCAGCUUGCUGCUGGUUUGAUAAACUAUUCUAAUGUCACAUUACAUCUUAAUGAAGAGGUGACCUCCGUUUCCUAUGUUGAAGGCCAGAAUUAUGCUCUCAGCACUAAAGAAGGAUUGCAGUACCACUGUGCAGUCACCGUAUUUGCCACUCCUCUGGACGAGCUAAACAUCACAUUUACACCUCCAGUUUCAAUUCCCAGCAGGAGACUACAGCAUACUUUUACAACCUUUGUGAGGGGUUUCUUAAACCCG